AUGCAGAUCCUCGAGUACACCGCGUCCCUCUCGCGCACCUCCGCCGCCUCCGUCUCGCUCGUCUCCACCUGGGCGCGCAAGCUCGCGCUCCCCCACCUCUUCCGCGCGCUCGUCCACCGCAAAGCGCCCCUCACAAACGUGAUCGUGCUCUCCGCGACGCGCAGCGCCUCCCUCCCCGCGACACGCAGCACCCUCCCCGCCCACCUCGGGCAGCACGUCCGCGCGCUCUGGACGGAGAGCAUCGGCAUGUCGUCGCCCACGAGCGAGAUGGACGUCUUCCGCGCGUGCCCCGCGGUCGAACACCUCGCGCUUCCCGCCCCCGCGCUCCGCACGCUCUACAUGGUCUGCCAGAUGCUCGACAAGCAGGACCGCGCGCACGGCGGCCGUGCACACGCGCUGCCGUUCCUCUCCGCGCUGAAGGAAGUGACGCUCCUCAGCCACACGCUGCGGUACGAGUGGCAUUUCCUGGUGGGCCUCCGCAUCCCGGAUGGCCGCGCGCUCCUGCAGAACAUCACGCGCCUCCGGAUGCUCGACAUGCAGAUCAGCGCGUACGUCCCGCACGCGCACCUCCCGAACCUGACGCACCUCGCCCUGCCCUACCUAGACUUGGGCGCGAACAUCAGCCAUGACCUCCUCCGCCUCCCUGAGGGCAUCCUCGAGCACCCGAAGCUGCAGAUGGUCGUGCUGACGGUGGAUGAGAGGAAGUAUCUGCAUAACCCGUGGUAUCAUAUCGUCCGUUACUCGGCCGCUGGCACGGGGAACGUGCGGUACUCUUCGCCGCGCGAGAGCUUCCGUGCGCUCGUCAAGCAGGCGUACAUGAAGGACGACCGGGUCAAUGUCAUCCUAUCGCCGCGAAUAGGCCAGUCUGCUAUCGAAGAGUGGGACGCGGCUGUGCGCGGAGGCGAGAGCAUCUGGGACAUCGCCGCGAAGGUGAGGGGUGACGAGCAGUAUGGUAUGGAACUGCCUUCUACUUACGCCCCGGGCAUUCAUCGGUGA